AUGGGUGCAGAUAACGGAGCGCUCUCACCGGGAGAGACGAGACCGUUCAGCGUGCCAGGAACACCUCAUUUCGGCGCCCAGACGGACAUGCUCAAGACGCUCGACGAAUCUACCAAGGUCAUCAAGCAAUCCCAGUCGAACAAGAUGUCCGGGACUCAGACCCCGAGCGUCAGUGGAAUUGGGACCCUGUUGGACAGACCAGACUACUCGGAAGCCAAGAUCGUAGUCGCCAUGGUCGGUCUUCCUGCUCGAGGCAAGAGUUACCUCAGUAAUAGGUUGUUGAGGUAUCUCAGGUGGCUCGAGUACAAGGUCGAGGUCUUCAACGUCGGGCAGCUUAGGCGGAGAAAAGCUCGAGAUCAGGUUCAGGCUGGAGAAGGACCCCAGGAUCACUCACAUACCUACUUCUCGAGCACCAAUGCCGAGGCUACGGCUCUCCGUGAACAGUUGGCGACCGAAAGUUUGGAAAGCUUGAUCACUUGGCUGAAACAGGGUGGAAACGUCGGAAUCCACGAUGCCACCAACAGUACAAGGGCAAGGAGGGCGAAGAUUCAAGAGCGAAUCGACCGAGAACCCGGCCUUCAGUGCAUCUUUCUUGAAUCCUGGUGCGACGACCCGGAAAUCAUCGCUUCCAACGUCGCGCUCAAAGCCCGUUCGGGUGAUCCCGACUACAAGGGCAUGAGCAAGGAAGAGGCCGAGCGUGAUUUCAGGAAACGGAUCGAGCAGUACGAGAGCGUGUAUGAGACCAUUACGGAACCGGAUAUCUCUUGGUGCAAGAUCUUGAACGUCGGUAGACAGGUGCAGAUCAACCGGAUAGCUGGUUACCUGCAGAGUCGGAUCGCCUUUUACCUGAUGAACCUGCAUCUCAAGCCGAGACACAUCUACCUUUCCAGGCACGGAGAGAGUAUGCACAAUGUCGGUGGCAUGAUCGGCGGAGACUCGCCCCUGUCCCCACAAGGAGAAAAAUACGCCGCUGCUCUGCCUGCGCUGGUGCUCGAGAACGUCGGAGAUCACCCUCUCCAGGUCUGGACGAGUACGCUCCAAAGAACCGUCGCUACCGCAAGGAACCUGCCAUAUCCCAAAAAGACCUGGAAGUCUCUGGAUGAACUCGACGCCGGUGUCUGUGAUGGAAUGACCUAUGAGGAGAUUGCCGAAAAAUACCCCGAAGAUUACGCUGCACGUGAUGAGAACAAGUUUGGCUACCGAUACCGUGGCGGUGAAUCUUACCAAGAUGUCGUGGUACGGCUCGAACCCGUUAUCAUGGAGCUGGAGAGGCAGGAGAACAUCAUCAUCAUCUGUCAUCAGGCCAUCAUCCGAUGUCUUUACGGAUACUUCAUGGGCUUGUCUCAGGAGGAAUUGCCUUACAUCAAGGUACCUCUUCAUACGCUCAUCAAGCUGACACCGAUGGCAUACGGUUGUGAGGAGGAGCGUUUCCAUGUGCCCAUCGCUGCAGUCGACACGCAUCGCCCCAAACCAGCACGACGCAACACUGGAGACGGUGCGGUGGCAGCUCCCACCGAAGAGAAGAAGUCCGGGGCUGCCCGAGACUACUUUGGUGAUGCCGCUCCGACCGCUACCAGUCAUGUGGCAGUUCCUACUCCGGAUCCUGCUGAUGCCAAGAGCCCGACAUCAGAGGAGGAAGACGUCGAGAGAAAGACUACGACCAAGAUCUCUACCGAAAAGGCUCGCCAGAAUGUGCUCUUGCAGCACGCAGAAGAGCACGGCAAGAAGGCUUCCGAGGUCACCCAAGAGGAAGCUGGGAUCUCCCAGGCCGACAUCGCCCGAGCGCUUCACGCCCAGAGCAUGAUCGGAAACCGCGCACCUACGCACCUGAUCAAGUACUACGAUCUUCCUGAAGAGACGGCAGAGAACGCACUAUGUGCACCCGUUGCUGCUGCGAGCACCAAGAAGUACAACAGGCACAAGAUGUACUGUCCUCGGGACGGCUGCAACUCGCUCAUACUGAGCACUGGGACGGCUGAUUGGGUGGUCCGUGAGAGUGGAAUGGUAAGACACCCUUUGAUACCGAAACGUUGA